GCGGAGUAAAGGAAUACUUGUUAAAAGAGAAGGGCGUAUGAACGGGAGAGGAAGAGGGAGGGGAAGAGGUAGAGGAAGGUGGUCUGGUUGCGGUCGCUACUGGAUGGAUCAGUCGACCCAGGCCAAUGGAUAUCCACCACACCCAUCAGCCCCACCUCAGCCUCCUCCACCUCCUCCGGUCCCCACAUAUCCCCCAUAUCCUCCAUACCAACCAUUCGCGCCAUAUGGCCAACCGUACUGGGGACAACCACCGUUCCCAACGGUACAGCCUGGACUGACUGGGGGAGGAUAUGAAAACGGGUAUGGUAAUGGGUAUGGCUACAACAACGGUAACUGGCGAGGGAAUAACCCGAAUAGAGCAUUCUUCACGAAGGAUCAAGCUGACUUCCUGGAGAAGCUGAAGUUUAAGGAAGCAGUGCAGGAGGCAGCGAAGCAGCAGACAGGAGAUAAGCAGACCAGCAACCGGAAUGCAGAAACUGGAUUGAAGAUAGUAGAAAUUGGAGCAAGGAAGGUCGAGGAUAAAGAGGAAGUGAUGAAGAACAGGGUUACAAAAACUUUUGGAGGGUCCCUGAAGCUACUCUCGACUAAAUUAGAAAAGGUGGACCGGAAGUCGAAGCUGGCCGAGGAAGAGAAGGAGGAAUUAAGGCGCCUCCGAGCAGAGAAGGAACUGCAGGAGCUCAAGGAGGCAUCAAGCAACGAGAAGAGGAAGAGACUGCCAACAACUCCAACUACAUCUCCUAAAGUGGAACGGGUCCGCGAUGACGGGGCGAAGCUGAUCAAGAAGGGGCGAGGGAAUCUGACAAGCAAGUUUGAAGAUGCAAAAGGCAAAGGGAAGGAAAAGGUUACGGACGACAUGACAGAGAUUAAAGACCUACUGAAGCAGCUUGUAACGAGCCUUGGUCAGACCAAGAUGAAUGCAGCAACGACGGAUCCAGCUCAGGAGGGGAUGAGUCGUGAUGAGAAAGGGGAAUGCAGCAAGAAGGGGGACGAUAGGACGGAGGAGGGAAAGGAUCAAACUGAAGGAGAGGUCUUCACCGAUGAUAGAGAUGAACUGGGACUAGCAGGGUACAUGAAGAACCGGGUGGAAAAUUACAGCUCAAUGCACUACACACACAUCAUGGCACUCUGCAAGGAGAGGAACAUAGAGUACACAAGGAAGGGACUCAGAGUUAUGGAACUGCCUCGCCUUGACUUGGAAGAAUAUAUGAGAUGCUUACGCGAAAUAGAGGAGAAUGGGGCCAAAGUGGUGAUGUCGGAGGAUAAUGCGCCAUCUAACAACAAGGAACAGGACAUCCAGGGAAACUAGAGCUGCGAUCUCUCAGAUCCCCCCGACGGCUGUUUUCACGCGU